UAUUCCAUGGUCUCUCUUCGUGUGUGCGAAGGAAAAUUGUGUGUUGUGGAUGGAAAUUUUCAGCGCUACCGUUUCGGUACCGAAACAGUGGCGUUGGGUUGCAGAACGCGCCAGUUGUUGUCCGAUCAUAGGCCCAGCUCUCGCUCAUCACAACAUACAUUGCACUACACGCGGGGUGCAGAGCAACGCAGAGCGACGGCGUGCAGCCACCCACUAAAGAAAGUGGAAACCAACCUCCCAUUCCUUUCGGGGGUAGGGGAGAAGAAGAAGGUGGAGGCGAAGAAGGAGUUGAAGGAGAAGGUGAUACAAAGCACACGGGAAAGUGCGGUAGUGAGUGAGAAUUUUUCGUCUGCGUUUUUGUUUUGUUCGUGCGUGUUUUGGAAUAAUUCUCCUCAGCAAUCAGUUUGUAAACACAAUCCGUCGGUUGACGUGUGUCGCGUGCAUCAAAAUGUGACCGAUCGAAUCGAUGUUUUACUCGUUCAAUCCCAACAAGCUAAAGUGUUGAAAUGAUUCUACGUGUCGUAUAGUUGUGUUCCAUAAUGAAAAUGCACGUUUAGCGCACCGUGGUGUGAAGACGAUGCGUAAUUUCGGUGUGUAAAAAGUGUCCGCAGUGUUGGUGAAGUGAAAUGGAAUAAUCGUACAUCGCUCAACUAAUCUAACGAAGCCCAGUGAAGUGAAUUUCGAAGGUUGUGCACACUAGUUAUUGUUUUCAAUAUCGUAUCGUCUGUGGUUGUGCGUUGGUUCUAUCUGUUUUGGUUGGUUGCCGUUUUUUGGGGAGUUAUAGACACUCGGAUACGUUAGCUCAGUGUUCGGUUACGUUACGUGGCAAGCGCACGCGAAACCGAAUGUCGCAACUACCUGUAGCUGUACUGUACGAAUGGAUGUUAUCUAUAUAAGAUAUUUUCUAUCGCCUAUUUAUACAUGCAUUAUACAUCUCUCUCUACAUAUACAUGCAUACAUACAAACGUUCUACUAGCUCUCUACGGUGUUGUACAUUAGAACUAACUGAAUCGCGCUCAGUAAAGUGUCGCAUGAGUGGUGGUGAGUGUACAAAACAAAAAAAAACAAACAAACAAAAUGAUGCACCAUUAAUGGCGCACCAGACCGAUGGCUGCAGUGUAGAUCCAGAAUCGCAAAACCUCGAACGGUUGUGAGCCAAACAAAACGUACUCGUCGUCUUGGGUGUUACUUCUUUGCCGAUGUUAGAAAUAUAAAGAAAGCACCACAAAAUGUGUACAGUAUAAAGCAAGCAAAACAAAAUAGAUAACCAAUAACCGUCCUCUUUAACGUGUAAGGUAAACAAAGUAGCUGGCCAAUCGUUCCAACGAACAGGCCACCUUUUAUUUCACAUCACACUCUAUCUCUCUUUCUCGCGCUCUGUAAGGCGUAAUUGUGAAGAUGAUUACUUUUACUCUCAGCACAAUACUCUUGUAAUUAGUAAAAAAACCAGAAGAAAGGAAAACCCACAAUGAGUGAUGUAAAGGGGAAGUCGAACGCAGAAAGGAACUAAAAACGAUAAUCAAAGUAAAGUGCAAAGCAGAACGAAAGUAUUUCCAACCGGAACGCGUGUGCCAAACAAAACAAAAAUAUAUCCACCGAACGCAACGAGAGAUACAAUUUAGUGCAAAAAAAAGAAAACGAAGAAAAAAAGUGAAAUAGAAAAAAGACACGCACAAUAGUAUCCCCGAGUCUCCAAACAAGCAAAUUUGACGUUUCGAAACGUCAUCACAACAAACCUGACAGCAAAUGUCAUCGACUAAACAAAUGUAGUUGAGACGGUUUGCCACAUGAGGGCGGUAUACGUGCAGAUACUAAGCCAUCCGUUUGGCUAAAAACGGUACCCAAACUGUCCCAUCGCGCGGUGAAAUGGUUUGUAAAGUUUACUAACAUCGCUUAAUUUCCGGUGCCGGGUUAGUAGAAAAGAAAUACCAGUUCGUGCAACAGUUUAUUUGUGUAUGGUGCCCGUUUAAUGUUACCCGGUGAAUCGUGUGCGUGUGCUAAGAACCGAAGUAUGUAACCAGUGUUGCCAGCACGUUCUGGCAAAUGGCGAUAAUGAUGAUGCGGCUUGCUGGUGAUUAUGGAGCUGUUGCGCUACCGGAACCGGCAACGAUUGGUACUGAAGAAAAAUGGCUUCCUAAAGCACCAACGGUGCGUCGUCGCUAGUGAUCGAAGCAACCGGUGAAUCGGUUCAAGGAUUCUGAAGCUUAAGGGACGGCUUUCAUCGGCCACCAUUAGACCCACCGAUCCGACCACGGCGCAGCGUGGAAUGUCAAAAGCGCGUGACGAGCGCACUCUGUGAGUUGCGUUCCGUUUUUUGGAGUUUUACCCACAAGGCUUCAUUCACCGUGCCGCGCUUCCGGUAAUUUCAUUUCACGAGAUUCCCCCAUCCCCACCAUCAUACGGUGUUGUGCCGGAUAACGAUUGCGAUAAAUGAGCUUUGCGAACGGUUGUGACUGUGCGUGCGUGAUUGCUUUUGCGUGCGUUUGAAGCAAAAGGAAAGCUGACAUGAGGUGGUAAGGAGACCGCGAGGCGCAUAUGUGCGUAUGUGUGUGUGCGCGUGUGUCUCUGUGUGGAUGUGUCUGUGAGCCGAUAAAAGCAAACCACAAAGGAAGUGCUGGCCAAGAAUUCGCAACACAAGAAAGGGAAGCAAAAGAAAAGCUCGUGGAAAAGUUAUUUCACGCGCAAUUGGAAACACCCACGGGUGGAUAAGCGGUCAAGGGUAGAGCGGUAAAAGGGGGGUAAAAAAAGGUUCAAUUGUGCAACCGUGCCUGUGUGAAUGUUUCAGUGGCCGUGUGUAUGUGUUUAGGUGAACGUGUGGGCGUGUGUGUGUGUGCGUCCGCACGCUUCCGUUUUGUUGUAGUACGCCACCAGAAGGAACCGUCCGUCCGGUGUAUGCAAGUGUGUGAGAAGCAGUUGACAACAUUCUGUCAUCGAUAGAAGUAAAUCAACGUGACGCUCGCAACCCGGAAUAGGAAAACCAUCCUUCGUAAUGGCUGCUGUUAACUCGGUCCAGAAUAGCAUUCGAUUGCCGUUGGCUGGAUUGGCGCCACCGCGCGUCCUUAUGUGUAGUGCCUCGAUGGGUGCGGAAGGUUCCGUCACACUUCAGCUCCGGGAAGCGGUACAGGCGCCCGAUGCAGCCGGUUCGCUGGACGGAGCGCUCACGAUCGGCUACCCGGAUCCGGAAAUGUUGGCCGAUAUGCUGGGCACAUUCCAGGGAGCUUCCACCGGUGCCACCGAUUCGGACGCUGGCAGUUUCGAUCUGCUGCAGGAUAGCAACGGUAGUUCCGCGGGAGCAACGCUACGAGCAACAGCGGCCGAUCAGAUCGAACAUCUUACCGGAGCUAUACUUACCAAAACGAGCAGCAGUAGUGGUAGCAGCAACACAACAGGCACGUCCACGGUGACGAUAAAAACAGAGCCGGGCACGAAACCAGCGGCGGAAAAAACGAACUCAACCUCCAACCUACUACCGAACCAUACGUCCAGCACGACCAUCAGCAGCAACAACCUGUCUCCAUCGUCGACGGCCAUCUUGCACCACGGUACCACGAUGGUGACCGUGAAAAGUUCGCCCAACGUUGGAGGAAGCAAUGGCAACAUUGCCACCGCUGCCAGCCCUACCAGUCUCGUGCUGACGACGGUUGGUCGGGCAGAGACGGCAUCCGGCAACAGCAGCAGUGCGUCGUCAUCACCGUCGGCCGCUUCCUCACCGGGCACGGUUUCGUUGAGCGGGUUGUCCGGUGGGCUGGCGAAGAAACCACGACCCAAGACGGUAUCACCGACCCGCCACGGUCCGCAACAGUGUCAGGUUUGCAGCAAAGUGUUCGGAAAUGCAUCCGCACUCGCCAAACACAAGCUAACGCACAGUGACGAGCGCAAGUAUGUGUGCGGCAUGUGUUCGAAGGCGUUCAAACGGCAGGACCACCUCAAUGGCCAUAUGCUGACGCAUCGUAACAAAAAGCCGUACGAAUGUAAGGCGGAAGGCUGUGGCAAAUCGUACUGUGAUGCGCGAUCGCUAAGACGUCAUACCGAGAACCAUCACAGCGCACUUGGGCUGGCGAACUCAUCCGGUACGGCAAGUCCCGGCCCUGGUGGAAGUAAUGCAGGACCGCCCGGUGGGCUUAGUUUAUCACCAGCGACAGCGAGCGGCGAUGCAAGCUCUCCCCAUGGAGCAACAUUAGUCCAAUUCACCACCACAACCACCGGCAACGGAACGACCGGCAGUAGCUCCAGCAACAGCAAUUGUAGCCUUUCGAGCAGCAGUUCGAGCAGCAGUUCCAGCAGCAGCAGUAGCAGCAGCAGCAGUAGUAGUAGCGGAAACGUUAGCGACUCCAGCUCCAGCUGCAAAUCGCCUUCACCGAGCUCGCCCGCGCCAGGCUCGGGAAAUGAGGGCCUUACGCGCCAACAGCUCGAUCUUAUUUCCCAGAUCAUGCAGCAGACGAAGCAGGCGAAUGCAGCGGCCGCUGCUGCUGCCGCCGCUUCCAGUGUCAGCGCGAGCGGUAACGGCACCGGACAGUUGGUCACCACCAGCCAGAAGGUUCCGGUACGUCCACGAACCUGGAAUAUGCAGCUGCAGCUCAGCCAGAACAAGCUGUCCGCAACUACCGCAACGACGGCGACGACACUAACGUCAGCGGUGGCGUCGACAACGGCAACGGUGGUUAGUACAGUGCCAGUGCCUUCAAUGGCAGUCGGACAGACGACCACGCUGUCCACCUCCAACGCCGUCAACCCCACCAUCAUCAGCUCACACCCGAACGGUACCAUCACCACCAACAUCAUCAGCAAGGCGACAAAUGCUGGCGGUGCAAGUGCCGAUCCUAAUGGACCACUCGCCGGGACAGCGACCAUCUCAGUGUCGUCGUCUGCGGUCGGUACGUCCUCCAUCAGUGCGGUCAGUGCGGUUUCGACGACGGCAUCCACUACAACGACAACUACAUUAACAACCGGCAUCGGACAGGGUGGCGGUGUGCAGAAUCAACCUGCUCAACAGCCUGCCGCCGCCGCUACCACCACCAAGCUCGAGCAGAAGCCGGUCGAAUGUAACCUGUGCCACCGGAAGUUCAAAAAUAUUCCCGCCCUCAACGGGCAUAUGCGAUUGCACGGCGGUUACUUCAAGAAGGAUUCGGAGGCAAAGAAAUGUGAUAAGAAGGAAAACACUGGGCCACCGCUACAGACAGCGAGCGUUGGUGUGCGGGCAUUGAUCGAGGAGAAGAUCAUCAAUAAGCGCAGCAAGGAUUUGAAGAAUCUCUUAUUGAAGGGUUCAUUCGUCGUACCGGCUCCACCGUUAACCGCCCGUCGGCUGAUCGACGCCAACGAAGCAUUCCUCUCACCGAAACCGAACACGGUUGCAAUCGUCUCCACGUCCAACGGUACUACCCAGAUCAUCAAUACCGCCACGUUGCACUCCAAAGCCACGCUUAUAAAUGUCACCAGCUCACCACAGUCCAUCAGCACCUCUUCGGCACCUUCCAUAACGAUCAAUGGCUUGGCGACGGGUGCUACCACCACUACGGUUGCCGGCACCGAACUCAAAGAUGCUACAUUAAUCGAACUGCUAAAACGCGGUACCAAGGUGGCGGUGAAACGGACAGCCUCCACAGGGGAUACCUCCUCCACAGUGUUAUCACUGCAGCAGUCCACGAUCAAUCCAACGAUCUCCUCCGCGACCAUCGCUAAUCAUGCAACGGCUCAGCUGAUCACGUCUGCCAACUCUCGUACCGUUACCGUGCUGCCCGGUGCGACACUGUCCACAACGCCAAAGAUGUCGCCCACGAUCACUGGCACGAGUCUGAUGACGAAUCCCACCAACGAUGGUACUCCACUGUCGUUAACCAUAUCGCAAACACCGACAUCAGCACCAGGCGAUGUGUUUACGCUAGCCUACUCUACCGACUUUGGUGAUGGCGAUGUGUACAGCGUAAGCGAUACGGCCAUGCUACUGCAAGCCGUCGACCCGAUCCAGCUUCUGCAGGACUCAAACUCAACCGAACCGCUCGACGAGAUCGCUCUCUCCGACUACGGCUCCAUUAGUGAUCAAGGAUUUGCACCUUCGCGUCAAAUACAGGCCGUGCUAGACUCUCCCUUACCGGAGGGACUGGCCGAGUUUGGAGCCCUGCACGGUAAAGACUUCAGUGUGUUAUACGGUGGCACAACAACGUCCGGCGAAGUGAAUGGAGGAACGACUUCUUCUGCCACCAAUUUGCUUCAAUCCUCCCCGUCGGGAUCUCAUCUUUCACCGCUUCCUUCACCACUGGCCUAUCCAACGCCUCCGGCCUCGCACGAGGCGGUGGCACAGGCAUCGCCUUUUCUGGACGACUCGCGUCACUUCACCGACGCGGGCUCCUUCUUCGACGAUAAGCGCGGUGCGCAAAGUUUCCUCGACGAUGGCUUCUUCAAGACCGAACCGAAGGACGAUGAAACGAAAGUGUCCGACAGUGAGAAGAUACUGGCGCUCAAGCAUGAGCUGCUGGAUGAAAAUCACGACCUGUUCCGAGCAAACAAACACCUGCUGGAUGAGCAUUGUUCGGAGCUGUUCAAGACGGAGGAUAGCUUUUUCGCCGAGUCCAAGCCCACCUCGGUGGAUGGAACGUCCAAGAUGAAUCUGGACUUUCUGGACGAUGCGCAGGUCUUUAUCGAGGAGACGCGUAACGCAUCUUCGCCCUUAUCGAAUGCAUUCUUUUCCGCUACCAUGUCAUCGGCGGCGGAAGUGAAGGAAGCACUCGAAGAGGUAUUACCCAACGAUGAUGACGACGAUAUUGGUGUGACGGAGGGUGAUAUCGAUCUGUAUUACCUUAAUGGCCUUUCCUCGCUGCAGUCACAAAUGAUGCCCAAUUCGGACGAUCCAUUACUGUCCUCGUCACCGAAAGACUUUGCCCACCGGCAGCAUCAAAAGUUUCUCUUCGAACAGAGUCAAGCCGCUCAGCAGCAACAGCUACAGCAACAUCAGCAACAGCUGCAGCAGCAGCAACAACAAUUACAACAACAGCAACAGCAGCAACUAUUGCAACAACAGCAACAACAACAAUCCGCCGGUGUUGGCGCAAUCAACCAAUGCAUGCCUCCUAGUGCCAAAAAAUCUAAACCCUCGGACGUUGAUCCGAGCACCUUUGGAGGUGAUGCGAAUAAGGUUCCCCUCACGGUACAAACCGAUCCCAUGCCAAAGGACGCGGACAGUGUGUUCCUCAGUCCGAGCAGUCUGUCCUCACACAGCUGUUCCUCUUCCUCGUCUUCAUCCUCACUGUCGCUUUCCUCGGUAGCUUCACCCAGACUGCAGCAUGCGCUCCUGGGCAGUGCCAACUCUGGAGGACCUGUGUGGCCUCGCAAGCGCUCCCAAUCAUCAGCAACCGGUGCUGUGAACGUCUCCAGCCUUCCCGUCGGCCAGCGCAAACCAACCAUCUAUCUGUCCAAACUGCGGCGAUCCACCACGUCGCUUCUGCCGGCAUUACACUACACCCCUGCACCGAUGCUAAACCCCGAACGUAUCGGAACUACCGGAUUGUACACGAACGUAACGCACGCUCGUUCCACAGGUGCCACGGACGUGGAUCUCGACUCCACAAUGGACAGCACGAGUGACAUCUUUUCCGAGCCUCCGUUACCGAUACGUCCCCGUAUUAACCUCGGCCCAGACUAUCAAGCCAUCGUACCGGAAUGUACGCGACCGGUCUACAGUGGGCUGCAGCAGUUCCACGCUGCCCAGCAGGCCCAACGUCUCUGGGAUCCGGCGUUAACUCCGAACGAGCGUCAAGUGCAACGUUUCAUCGAGCUCGCUCGUUCGUCGGCCGCUCCGUUGGGAUGCCACUCGGAGGAGAAUGCGCUGCGUGCUCUGCUGGAAGCGAAUGGUGAGAUACACCAGGCCAUUCUCGGUAUGCUGCAGGGUCCCCCUGCCACCAUACAUCGCCGCUGGACGGCCGACGAAAUCGAGCAGCUCAUCCAGGGUCUCGAAGAGUACGGCAAAGACUUUCACCGAAUCGCACGUGAUUUGCUGCCCGGCAAAUCGACUGCCGAUUGUGUGCAGAUGUACUACUUCUGGAAGAAGCUCGGAAUCGAUUACAAAGGUACGACGGCACUAGCCGGACCCAAAUACACCGGCAUGCAUGGUUCACCGUCCCCUACACCGUCACCACCGGCUCCACCGCCGCCGGUAGAGGAUCUACUGUUGGAUCAUCUGGACUAUACGGCCAAUACGGGCACAGGGACGACACUUGCCAGAUCGCAUCAGCCCGUACAAACUGUCAAUCUUCAGCAAAAUGGCCACACCGUCAGUACGCCCAGCGAUGUCCGACCGCAUGUCUGCGAAGUUCCUGACUGUUCAGCGAGCUUCUCGUCCAAAGCGGCCCUCCACGGUCAUAUCCGCAUACACUGCAUCGGACGUAGCCACAGCACAGUUCAAAAUGGUAAUUUCUUGAGUGCCGCCGGUAACCCCAUUAACCCUAACCACAUACCGACAAAGGAUGACUAUCCCUGCAAGGUGUGCGGCAAGGUAUUCAAUAAGGUAAAAAGCCGAAGCGCUCACAUGAAAUCACACCGGCCGCAGGAUGCAAGCGAUCAGUUGCAGCACCAACUACAACUUCAUCAGCAACAGUUGCAGCAACAGCAGCAGCAGCAACAGCAGCAGCAGCAACAACGUCAACAGCAGCAAGAUAACGAAAAGCAAGAAGUACACACAGAAGAAAGCACGCAACUGCAGCUAACAGUGACGAAGUGAGCCACCACACAAACAAAAAAACCCCCGAAAGCGACAUGUGACAACGCAACAGAGGUGAAAACACAUCCAACUGAAAGUAUGGAGAAACACGCAUCUAGACAAUCUUUUUGCCAAAAAAAAAAUACAACAAAGGAAUGGCCCCAAUGACGGUGAAAGGAUGAUGUGAAUGUUUACCAUUCGCUGUAAAACAAAACAAAAAAAAAACAAAAAAUCCCGCCCUAGCCAAACACCCUGAAACACGUCUCACCGUUUUCACCACCUUUUGACAAAGUGAAGCAGACAACAACACAAAAACCCGUGACACAAAUUAGGAAAAGUUGGUAAAUGAAAUACAAACCAACGCUAAACUUUACACUUAACUAACGAAAGGUUGUUAAAGCUACAAAUUACCGAACGCAGCUCAAUAAUGUGUGAAAACAAUGAAGAAGAGAAGAGUGGGAAAAAAAGGAGAAAAAUCACCAGAAACGUAAACAAGUGUUACGAGAUGAAAUUCGAGUUGAUCGGGUACCCGGACCGCCUAACCGUUCUAGUUGUGUAAGUACUGUGAAAAUACCAGGUCAAAUUAUGUAACUUCCAAGCAAAAUGUCUCCUAUCGCGGGACAACUUAACCUUAGGCACAAAUGCGCCAUCGAGUGAGUGGAAAGUGACGAACUUUAAAAUCUCUCUUACAAAAACAAAAAAAAAACAAAGGUGGCAACACACAUUGUGCGUGCACAUUGUUAUUGUCACCUGUGUACACUAGCUAAGCUCUCUACGAAUAGGCUACACUAAGCAAAUGGCAAACCGUAUAUGUAAGAUGGCUACCGGAUAGUACCGGUAGGUCCGAUGGUAGGUUGUAAGUGUGUGUGUUUUUUGUACACAAGUGAGUUUUUUCGUUGUUGAAUCUUUCUACUCUAGUCGUAAAUUUGAAACUGCUCAACACACACAAAACACACUGUGGCACACGUUCACAUGGAGCGGGUGGUAAAUAUUAUAAUACAAACAAAAAAAAACGGUAAGGUUGUCGCAAAAUGGUCGAAGAUGGAACAAAAUGGCCCCCAACAAAAUGGCUGGCUUAUCGAUGUUUAUGUAGAUCAUUAAACACACUUUUAAACACACACGUCGCAUUGUACAUAGAGACUUUUUGUGUUCUGUUCUAAACAUUAACAAAAAAAACACACACAUACAUACAAAAUGUGCAUUCAUUGUUGCUCACACACACAGGCACGCAAAAACCGAGCAAGUGUUUUGUAGGCUUAAGUGCUAUACGUUGCAAUUUUUGCAAACAUCAGCAAGCGUUAUAGGAAAAGACAUUUCAUCGCGUGGUGGCCAUGAUUUCGUGGCUAUUUCGUUUUUUGCCGUAUAGUGGUAAGUGUGACGCAAAAAGGGUAGAAAGGGAGAAGUAAAGAAAGAAGCGAUUUAAGUUACCAAAGGCAUCGAACGCACACCUUUAAGUUAUCCAAAUAUUUUGCACCUUAACCCAAAAAAGCAAUUGUAGCACACAACUUUAGCAUAACUUCUUCCACGUAGCAAAGAAUGCUGAAUUGGUGGCCAACGUACCGUACCGUACACCCUUUUCUUUCCCCCAGUAUUAUCGGAACAAAUGAAGAAGAAAAAAUCCUUCUCCUCACAAUCACAAUCACAGGAAUAACGUUGCCAAUGGAUUUGUUACGCGUGUGCGUGUGUCUGGGUGUGGAAGAUCGUUUGUUUCGUCGAUGCAAAUGUCUCCUUUUCCAUGGAGAUCGUUAAGUAUCCGAAACCGUGCACUACAUAACGCAACGAAAGUAAACUGCAAUGCUGCAGUUAUUAUAAAACAAAGAAAGUAAGCACUUUGUUUAAAGAAAGUGAAAAGGAAAAAAAGACAUAAUUCAUGAAAGGCGGUAGAAAACAAAACAAAAAUUAAAACAAAAAAAAACAAGUGGAAAUAAGUAAGAUAAGAAAAUACAAAGUAGUGUGCAGAAUGCUAUACAUCUAUUUCCUAACGAAAUAACUAAGUUUUACUAAAAGAUGUGUAGAGAAGAGAAUGGAAGGAAAGGAAGAAACCGUAAACUUGAAACAUGGUUGUAUCUAGAACUUAAGUGUUGAUCAAUGUUCUUAAUUCUAUAAAUGAUUGAAUCGUAAGUAAAUGGAUUAUGGAUAAUGGUGGAAGUUAGCUUAGAAGGAGAGCAGCAAAAAAAAGUGCUUAAAUACAAAUGAAACAACAAGAAAAAAUCGCGCACACAGAAUGAUGCACCGAUCAUUUUAAGCACAAACACACACACAAAGAAAGAUCAAAUCGAUCGUUGUUAUAAAAAUAAUUCAUGCGCAGAUGUGUGCGAGAAAAAAAUACCCGAAGGUGGAAAACGUGAUUUGAAGAAGCAUUGAUAACAGGGUAGACUUAAACUUCUAUCUUCAUCCACUCAAACGUGCAUACACACACAACUAUUUCACUCACACCACAGAGACUCUCGUUCUCGCGCUCUUUCACACACUUUGUACUCUAUGUCUCUCCAGUCUGUCACGCACUGUUCAUGUACGGAGAUCGAGAUAUAUCAGUGUUUUUUGUAGUAUAUAAAUUUAUUUUUCUACUUCCAAUUCCGAAUUUGAUAAUUGAACCUUUCGAAAGAUCUAACUCGAACUAGAAACCCAGAACAAAAAAUCGGUUGCUCAUUGGUACACCAAUCACGAUUUACACGUGUCAGCACGUGUUACAGGUGAGGUUGUAUAAUUGAGGUGAGGAACUACGGAAUGUAAAUGCCCAACAACUAAAGUGAUCACUGUAAGCUAGCGCAAAUUUUAUUAAACGAUUUAACAUGCUCAAACUUUUUUUUAUUACUGAUUAAAUGUUUAAAAAAACUGACUUGUAGUAGUGUUAGUGUAGCGUUAAUUUGAAGUUGACUCUUCCCCGGCAAUGUUACAGUAAAGCACAAAACAAUUGAUUUUAAUUUUCGUUUUAGUACAGUAUCAAUUCGUACAAAAUGUGAUAUUAAAAAUUUGCUCUUUUUUGAACGAUCUUAACCGUUAAUAAUUGCUCAAACUGAACAUAAGGUUUUGCAGUUUUUUUCCAUUCUCUCAUUUUAAGUGACAAUCAGUCCUGUAAACUUAACUCUCCGUCAGAUGCUCUCAAAUGUGCUCAAUUUUUUUUUUUUUUGAUUUUUGCAUCAGAUUAUGAAGCAAAACGUUGCGCAACGAAUGUUUCCCCAAAUCAAACCCCAGUUGUACAUCAUUGUAGUGAGAAACUUUUUACAUCGAUUAAACGAUUAUUUCCGUACCGUUCUGCAUAUGCUCCAAGGUGGUGACCGUUUUUUGAGACAAACAAAAGCAUUAAACAAAAAUCAAACAAAACCAACAAAAAAAAACAGAGCAAAAAAUGUUACUGGCGUGUGUGUGUGUGUAUGUAGUAAGACCGGGGUUGGAAUGCGGUAAGGUGUAUGUGUAAAGCAAAUGGUGGCAAAAUCAAAUACUCCGCGUUGUGAUUUUUAAACGAAUUAAACCUAAUGCAAACGAAACCACGAAACGAGCCGCAGAAUACUCAAAACCAACACACUCAACUUUGCUGUGCUACUGAUUACUGGAUGCGUUCGUUUACUGUUUGUAUGGUUCUAGGACAAUUUUAAGCUAUAUCUGUCUAAGGCGGAGAUGUUAAGCGCGUGUUAGGGAAAAAUGGGGAACGAAAGGACAAAUCGUUUAAAACGCAUCGUACUCUUACUUUUGGGUGCUAAGCCAUGUUGGAAGUUACCUCCUAAAAGGAAUUUGUUUCGUUUCGUUUUUCUACCAUUCGUACUAACCUUAAGGUGUGUAUGUGUGUGUGUGUGUGUAUAACAUUUACAAAUACAGAUUAAGAUUUCGUACAAACAUCGUGGUGUGAUGUGUGGCUACACCUAUUUCUAUUUCUUCUCUGUUUGUAACCCUAAAGACAAGAUCCGCAAAAAAAGGAAGAAACCAAACCUAACGAUAUCGAAAUAUGUCAAAAUCGAGAUAAAAUGGUGUCCCAUCGGUCUAAAAAGAAUUAAGAAGAAGAAAAAAACAACUCAAAACGAAAGGAAACAUUAGAACAAAACAAACAAAACAAACUCUAAACUGCACGAAUGGAAUGAAAUUGAGAUAAUAGAAGUUAAUACAUAUCAGUUUUCUAGAAGAAAUUUAUGAUAAAACAAACAAACCUAACUGCAAGUGUAUUUAAGACAACAACAAAAAAGCUCUUAUAAAUCCGUACCGAAAUGGAAGGUGCAAAAUGGUAGCAAGUUGUGGAAAAGUUGUGGAUAAAAAAACGUAUAAGAGCAUAGCAAAGCAUAGAAGCUCAAAGGAAAAAAAAGAUAGCAGAGGAGAAAGAAGCAAAACAAAAACACUUUUAAACGUAAAUUGAACGAAUUAAACCAAACACCAGGCGACGGUGCAUAAACCGUACUGGGCCUGUUUGUGUACAGUGUGUGACGAACGCUUUGUGGAAAUUCAACCUUACGAAACGUGUUGUGUACCUUGUAUAUCUUUAAAACAAAACAAUAUGAUAACGUUGAAUAAUGUCGCCUGUUCCAUACGACACCGGCAAAACACGCUGGUGUGUACGUGUGUGUGUGUAUGUACGUACGUUUAGUGGUUACGUUUCCAUCGUUCUGGCUGGUGAAGGAACAGAAACGGAAAAGCAACAAAACGAUGCCAAAUUAGUUUUUAUCGCGGGGAUAGAUUAGACUGGACAAUGUGACACGGUCUCCAAUAUGUCUUCGAAAUGCUAUUUUACUUUAGCAACUAAACAGCCAAAACGAGAAAUCUCACUAUAGUAAAGCAAAAGUUCGAUAAAAACAAGAGCGAGAGAGAGAGAGAGAAAGCAAGAAAGAACGACAUGAAUGAAAAAGGAAAAAUAUGAAACAAAAGAAAACAAGCCUUCCACAGAACGAUGCAAAAAGUGAAGGCAAAUAAUAUUUAAAAGUAAUACUCAAUGACAAUCCAAAGAAAAAGCAAACAAACAUCUACACAAAACAAGAACAAGAACAUGAGAAAUGAAAUGGAAACUCGUGCAAAACAAAACAAAACAAAAAUGGCACAUGAGACGAAUUCUAUCACUCCUUCACAGCUGCUUGUUUGUACAUAAGGAUGCUCCUUGUUUCUUGUGCAAAACACAAUUAGUAGUAGUGCGUAAGUUAUAUUGAUGCAGAAGCAUUUUACUCAUUUUUAGUGCACGCACGCACACACACACACUCACACACAAGAAUUUAACAAUAAUUAAUAUAUUGUUAAUUUAAUUUUAAUGCUUUACUGAAACUAUUCUUAGUACACAUAAUGUGUGUGUUUUUUUCUGUUUUAACAAAUGCUUUUUAGUUUAACUGAAAUAUAGCAUUUGUUUGUAAGACACUGUAAAGACAUGGCCUACUCUAACCGCUACUAAGAAAGCGUUCAAGCAGAGCUUACUUAUUGAGUUAAAGUACUACUUAUUCUUCUUAUUUCUUCAUAUUCUUAUUCUUCUAAACACACUUACACACACACCCACCCACACAAACAAAUCUUUCCUUUACGUUGACGUUUGAGACGGAUCAACGAUAAGUUUUGUCAUUUAGUAGUAAUAAUUUAAAACUCCCUCGAUGUUUAGUAAAUUAAUUAGCCAAUUUUAAGCGUUUCAGUGCAAAUGUUUGAAACUGGUUUUCAAAUGCACACGAAUACAUAUAAAUAUAUAAUUUUUGUAAGUUGUUUAAAUUUUGUUUUUACCUUACUAAAACUCAUCGUUUACUUGUCAAUUACGUUGAUCGUUCCGUGUUACGCAUUAGGUUAGUGGAAAUGUUUUCCGUUUUCCUUAUUAUUCACCAUUUUAAUUAAACUCUAUCACACGCACACGCACACACAUGUACACACUUACAAAACAGACCCGAGGAUAGGUUUAGGCACACAAUCCUCACCAGCAGAUGGAUUCGGGCUUAUGGCAGACAUUUUAAGCUCCUCAUUUACUCGGCAUUGUGUGAUUUCACUGAUGUUUGUGUGUGUGUGUGUGCCCAUCAUAAUGCGAUAGUAUGGAUAUAUUUAUAAAUGGGAAUUAUCGAAAGUAUAUAUUAUACAUUAUUAUAAUUAUUAUGCAUUAUUAAGUAAUCGUUACAUUGUAUGUGCAGACAACAUGAAAACAAAUGAAACGUACGUUUAAUGCGACCGAAACGCGUUGCUCAAGUGUGUGAAAGUGUGUAACAAAAACAAGCAAACAAACAAGAAAAGUGCACAAGUUUUAACUGAUUGUAAGCAAACAAAAGAAGAAAGAAAAAGAAACAAUAACAACGCACGCACGAGAAGAACAAAACGAAGAAUGGAUUGGAGCGGAAAAACAGUAAACAAUAUAAGGAAGAUUUCUUUUAACCAGCAAACAAACUGUACAGAGAGAAAAACAAUGUAAUAUUAAAAGCUACACAACAUAUUCACACACAGAGAAACACACACUCAUACAAACAAGCGUAAUGUUCUGCCAGCCAGCUCCAACAAGAAUAUAAAUGUUUUUCACUGUUAGUUUUUAAUGUGAUUAUAUUGUAAGAUGAAAGGAAUUGUUCUGGUGAAACAAUACACUUGCAACACGAGAAGCACGAAAGACAUUUAAGCCAAUUGGGAGUGGGGAGGGAUGGGGGGUGGGACAGGGAAGGUUGGGUUUGUGUUGAUGUAAAAUGAAAUGUUACAACAACGGAAACCGAAAGUCGAUUAGCAUAAAACAGUUUGAUGAAAUUUAUCGUUUUCUUCAUCAAAUGAAAAAAAAGGAAAAAGAAGACAACACAAUACAAAUGGAGAUGCAAACAAAGCGACCGAGAGAGAAAAACAACAAAACAUUACAAAAAUUUUAUGCGAAUUUGUUUCACUGCGUUUAGUGUAAAACUUAUUCUAUAUCUUUCUGCAUCUUUGUUAGCUCUUAAACUUGGUUUUGUAUUCAAGUUUUUACUUUCAAACACAACUCUUAGGCAAUCGUUAAUUAUUUGCUCAUUAUCCAUGGUUUCGUUUUUAUCUUUCUCGUACAAAUAAUUAUCAACCACGAAAAAAACAAAACAAAAGACAUACCUGUUUGCUCAUGCAACAUCUCUCUCACUCUGUGGUUAGUGAAGCUGGGAAAAAUGGAGUAAAAAAAAUACAAAUCAAUUCGUGUCAAUUCGGUAAGCAACGGUCAAACUACAGCCUGCGGGCCAAGAAAAUAAGCUAUAAACUAAUCGAACCGACAGCACGGUAAUACACGUCACACAUCGAAGCUUUUUUAAAUACAUCGAUCAUAAUGCAAACAGAUUUUAUCAACGGGUGAACGACCCAACAAAGGAACUGUUUUAGCUGAGCGAGAAAACCGCAAAACAAAUGCUCUUUUCACUAGCAAAACAACGAAAGUAAUGUGUUUUUUAUGUGCAGCUCCGAGUAGAAGUUUACCUUGUUUGUAACGCACGCCUACUUAUCUUAACGCAACGAUACACCUUCGAAUUGACAGCAUCGAGUAUAACGCAACGUUACGUAGCGUUACGCUACUAGGCCUACUUAACCUGGCUGUCAGGAAAAAAGGAAAAUUCAAUUUUAAUUUCGAUCGUACUUCGUUAAGAAAAAAACAAUAAACUUAAAUCUCAGCGUACCGAUGACACACUCAUGUACACUAUUAUACUAUUAUAUGUUCGCUGUCCUUCAAUUUACUUGCUGUGUUUCGUAAAGGAAAAAAAUCGCACUGUGGCCAAAAAAAAGUAAAACAGAGCAACAACAAAACAGUUAGUAGCAAAUGAGAGGCACGUUAAACGAAAAUGAAAACAAAAAACAAAAUUCUGUGAUUUCCAACUUGUAAUGAAAUUUACCCUAUUUUCCUUCUUCAGGAAAAUUCCCACCAAACCGAGGGAUGGUGUAGAAUGUAUUAGAACAAAAUGAAGCAAAAAGCAAACACACUCGUUGUUAAUUUUUUCUACAUAGAUGCACUCGUAACCAUUUGAAGACGUGCCGAAAUCAAAAAGACAGAUAGAAAAUCAUGAUUUGUUAUUAGGUUUAUUUUACUAGUUGAGGUUCGCUGCCUUUGUCACUGUCUCAGUUUUUUUGCUUAAUUAUCUUCUCGUUCAAUAUUUUAUUUUAUGUUUUAAUUUGUAAAACGCUGUGUUUUUUCUCUACUACAACUUGCAUACAUUUUACUAAUAGAAAAGCUGUCCGCAAAUCAAAUGAGUGUGCUUAAACAUAAAGAAAAUGACAUAAAACACAACCGAUUUGAGAAUGCAAACAAAGAGAGAGAGAGAGAGA